AAUUGAAGAUGAUUCUAGUGAGAAUUCUGACAACCUGGAAAGUGAAGUUGACAAUGUAGCAGAAGAAAUUAGAUUCAUCAGAGAACCGAACGGUGCCAAUCUUGCGUUUGGAGAUGAAUCAACUCAACCAAAGCCUCAUGAAAGUAAUACAGCCAAUUCUCAGUCUGAAUAUGAUGCCCGUGAUGAUGGUGAUCAGAAUCAGGAACUGUAUCAAGUCGUGGUAGAUUUAUUAGAGUCUGCUAGAAAGGCAAGAGGUGUAACUGUUACAAUUGCCCGACAUGUGUACAUGUUGUUUAGUCGUUAUAAUAUGCAUUCGGCUGCUUACAAGAAUUUAUAUCUGGUAUACAAACUGGCUUUGAUCUCGCUUGUUACACAAUUAGUCUUUUGCGAAAGAACAUUUUCAAAACUUAAACUGUUAAGAAUGCGAUUACGAAGCACCGACGUUAUCGGCAGAUCAUCUAGAAUCGUUGCUAUACUAAUCAUGGUGGAAGACAAACUGUAA